GUGGUGGUGGCGUAGUCUGGGCCCGGGUGCGGGGUUCCAGGAAAGAGGGUGGGGGCGGAACUGGAGAGGGGCUUGGAGGAAAAGCGAUGGGAAGGAGUGGGGUCUGUGGGGACAGGGGCCAGGGCUCUGGGACGGGGAGGGAAAUGAAGUGGGGACGGGGUUUGGGAUUGCCGGGAGGCAGGAGGGAGCAUGAGUGAGGAGGAAGGGGGAAGAAUGGGUGGACGUGGGGCUGAGGUUUGGCUGAGGAGCAAAAACUUAGUUGGGGAGGGAUGGGAAAGAAUAGGGGCGUGGUAGAGGUGUUGGGGCACUGGGGAAGGGGCUUGGAAAAGAAGGCGGGGCCGGGCGGCCCUGGGGGCGUGGGUGUGGGCGUGGUGGCCGGGAACCCCACGUGGGACUCGGGGUUGAGUUCACUCUAGCCCGGAGAGCCUUAGCGGGCUUCCUCUUCGGCACUUCAGCGCUUCCCGACCUCAGGUCUGGGCCAUUAGAGUCCGGGGUCCCUGGGAGCUCGGGGUCCGCUACCCCUGGCGCCCUGGGCGGGUGACGGAGGGGCGCAGGAACCACCUCCUCCGCGACCAUGCGGAAGCCGGACGGAAAGAUCGUGCUGCUGGGGGACAUGAACGUGGGCAAGACGUCGUUGCUUCAUCGCUACAUGGAGCGCCGCUUCCCGGACACGGUCAGCACCGUGGGCGGUGCCUUUUACCUGAAGCAGUGGCGCUCCUUCAACAUCUCCUUAUGGGACACUGCAGGGCGGGAGCAGUUCCAUGGCCUGGGCUCCAUGUACUGCCGGGGGGCGGCCGCUGUCAUCCUGACAUAUGAUGUGAACCACCGGCAGAGUCUGCUGGAGCUGGAGGACAGGUUCCUGGGCCUGACAGAAACGGCCAACAACGACUGCUUGUUUGCCAUCGUGGGAAACAAAGUGGACCUGGCCAUGGAGCGGGCCCCAGAGGGUGGGAAGAAGGAAGGAGAGGCCUCUGGGAAGGCAGGGGGUAGCUGUGUCUCCUCCAGUGUACCCAGGCAGGUGCAACCAGAGGAUGCUAUGGCCCUUUACAAGAAGAUUCUGAAAUACAAGAUGCUGGACGAGGGGGAGAUGCCAGCCGCCGAGCGGAUGUGCUUCGAAACCAGCGCCAAAACCGGGCACAACGUGGACCUCCUCUUUGAGACCUUGUUUGACCUGGUGGUGCCCAUGAUCGCCCGGCAGAGGGCUGAGGAGCCGUCCCAGAUUGUGGAUAUAGCCAGCUGCAAAACGCCCAAGCGGACUAGGUCUGGGUGCUGCACCUGAUGGCUGAGGCCCCCCCCCCCUCCUGUCCCCUGGCGUGUGUGGGAGCUACCGAACUCAGAAGUUCCACAGGACAGUGUGUAUAGAGGGCGCUGGGUGGAAAUGCCCACCAGCGGCUACUACAGGCCAGGGUCCCCAGCAACCUCUGGGCAUCAGGAAAGUGGGACCGAAACCCUCCGUGGAGCCAACCCGGUGCUGCCUUGUCUACUGCCCCGUGCAUAUCAACCACCGUUGUGCAGCUUGCCGUCUUGGGAGCUGCCUUGCAGUGGGCUUGACUCUCACGGUCACUGCCUCCUGCACCAUGUCUGCUCUCUGGGGUUUCCCGUUUGAUGUCUGUACUUGAUAUAUUCUGAUGCCGAGUCUCCGUGGUUGAUUUAUACAAAAUCAGGAAUGGCUGUUUUUAUACCUGGUGAACCCCGGGUGGGCUACAUGUUAUUAAAAAGAAUUUGAGGAAAAACUU